CCUAAGGCUGAAAGAUUAUCAACCAUGAGCCCAUGCUGCCAUGGUUAAGCUACCUAUACACACAGCCACAGCACUGAGCUCCUUUUACCUGAGGAGUAGUAUUACUCCUAUUGAUAUGUUGAAGGAACACUGAAAAGGAACACUUUGAACACUUUGGAUUUGGCAAUGGGUAGCUCUGUUUUGUGGGUUGUAGUGGAGCUUGUAUGCAGAAUUCUUGGCAUCUCUACUGCUGCAGUCUUGUGUGCUGUGGGAGUGGAAACACUGCAUCAGACAGACUUCUACAGCCUGGCUGUCUACCUCCUGGUCUCUUCAGCUGGACUGAUGCUUUUUGAAAUGACAUAUUUCAUCGAUGCUUUUUUGGUGAUGUGGCUUCUAUAUCCAGUUACUUCUAAAUUCUUUGUCAUUUGGAAAAAGAUGGCUAAUGUUGGAGGCUUCCAAAAAUUCCUCUACUACACCGUUAUGUCCAUGAUGUGUUUUUUGCAUCCAGUGUUAGUCUGGCAUGCUGUCAUUCCAGGGACUAUGCUGCUGCUGACAGGACUGUUAAACUUUAUUUUGAGCAAAAGGAAAAAGACAAGUCCUCCCAAAGAAUCCAGGGAAUCUUCUGGUGACUCAAGUGUGUGCAUCACUGAGUCAGAGGAACCUGAGCAAACAUUUUCCUUCUUCCACAUAAUCUCCAGGAAGACAUCCGUUUUCCUACCCAAUAACAGCAGACUGAACAACUCAUCUGACUGCUCUCAGGCCAUGCUCGGACCAGAUCACUCCACACAGAGCAUUUACAAUCCACCGAGCAAAGCCGACCAAAGAAACAUUCACUUCACAAAGAGUUUUAAAGAAGAUGACACAGAGAUGGAGGAGUUUGACAUGGAUCCAGAGGAGACCACCUCAGAUAAAGCACCAAUGAUAAGAAUGGGAGUGGAAGCUGCAGGAAAGGGGAGGGCACUCUGUAAAUAUUAAAGGGUUGUUUUCCAAUAAGAGUCAUUCAUUUGCAAAAGCGUUUAUCAGUUUAUCAGUACUCCAUGAUGAUGAAUCUGCUGUGAAAUCCCAGGAACGUCCAGUUAUUUUGCUUUCAUGUGCAGAUACAUUCACAUACAUUCUAUUAUGAAAUACCUACAGCCUGAAUGGACAUAAGGUGUACUGCUAUUUCAGAGCUGCCAGUCGAGACUCUGGAGAUUGAACUGGAGUUUUCAGAGGUGCCAGGUACAGUAAAAUAGCAGUUCACAAUAUUAAUCAACAGUCCUUCUAUAUAUUUAAAUUAUGUACAAUAAGUUUUAAGCAAAGAAGACUAGUUCUGAAGUAUUUUGAAAUGAUUAAACCUAAUGUAGCCUCCAGAAUUAUGUCAUCCUUCAUAAAAAUGAGCAGAACCUGUGGAAUGAAAUAAAUAUUACUCACAAUAAUUCAAAUUUCCCACUCAAACCAUAGGAGAAACUAUUUAUUUUAAUCUUUAAUUAAACUAUUAGAAUGUUUAUUUAAUAAUAGUGUCAAUAUUGUUGACACCCUUAAGGAAAAGGUUUAGGAAUAUUUUAAAUAAAGGCAGAUUCUCGUUCUUAUUAGAACUACUUGCUGGUCAUGCAUACCAUCAGCACGUUUGACAACAAAAGGAGACUGCAUACAAGGAAAAGCAUCUGAUACCCCACUGUAAAAUAUAGUGGUGUAUUGUUGAUGCUUUGACGGGGAGUCCCUGGUAGUCUAGCUGCUAAGGAUCCCGCGCUGUCACCGUCGCCGCCUGGGUUUGAUUCCCGGGCAGGGCAAAAACCCAGCCACUGGGAGUGUACUCUCAGUGCUGGUUCCAAGCCCGGAUAAAAUGGGAGGGUUGCAUCAGGAAGGGCUUCCGGUGUAAAAUCUGUGCCAUAUCAAACACGUGGACCAGUGAUUCACUGUGGCGACCCCCAAUAAGAGCAGCCGAAAGAACAACAAGAUCAUUGAUGCUUUAGGGCUGUUUUUUGUGACUGAUGAAUUCUGCUAAAUACCAGGUUACUUCUGUCAGGAGGUUCAGACUUGGAGUUUUCAAUAAGAUAAUGAGCCACAAAAUCAAUGUUUUCCAUUGAUCAUAUCAGUAUCUGUAUUUGAACCCUAUUGAAAACCUGUGGUCUGAAUUGAAGAAGAAGGCAAAAGAAGGAGCUUAAAAUGUUUUGCAUGGAGGAGUGGACCAAUAUCCCUCAACCUGUGUUUUCUGCCUUGUUAGACAUUAAAGAAAGAGAUUCAGUGCUGUUAUUCUCUCCAGGGCAGACAUCACAGAAUAUUAAUGGUAAUGGUGCUGCUAAAUUUAAACCACUGUUUUGUAUAAGUAAUUGUACUACUUAAAAAUGUUUGGGGAAAAAAAGAUGUUUGAAUAAAACGCAUGGUGGUGCAGCAGGUAGUGUUUCUGCCUCACAGCUCCAGGGUUUGAUUGUGAGCUCAGGAUACUGUCAGUAUGGUGUUUCCUUACAUGUUCUCUCCAUGUCCGUUUCCUCUGGGUUCACCCAUUUCCUUCCACUGUCCAAAAACAAGCUAGUGGGUGGCUAUGCUAAAUUGCCCCUAGCUGGCAUCCCAUCCAGCGUGUAUUCCCUCCACACACCCAGUGUUAAUGAGAUAGGCUCCAGAUCCACUGUGACCCUGAAGAGGACAAUACGGUUACUGUGAUGAAUGAAUGAAUGAAUGAAUGAAUGAAUGGUGAAAUAAAUGAAUGAAAACUGUACAAUAUCACUGUAUGUUUGAGUUCAAAAUAUCACUUACUGCAUCUGUUUUUUUUUUUGUUUUUGUUUUUUUUUGCUGAUAUUCGUUUAAAGCAGUUCACUCCUCACCCCUGUGGUUGUACACAACAGUCCAUUAGGGGAGCUUUGCCUUAAGACAGUAUCACCUACAUCGAGGUUCCAAAAAUCAAUACAGGUCUAAGUGUCCAUUCAUCAUCCUGCCUCAUGCUAGUCAGAUCCAGACAAGAUUAUUUUCCAUCACAAGUGGAUGGCUACAAUCCCCUUGGGGUUAACAGUGUGUUCACAGUCUAUCCUCCACAGACAUCCUCCACUGGCAUAAACC